UUCUUCCGGAGGAGCAUCCAGAAGAACAUGCUGUACACGUGUCACCGAGACAAGGUGUGUGUGAUCAACAAGGUGACGAGGAACCGCUGCCAGAGCUGCAGACUGACCAAGUGCCUGGAGGUCGGCAUGUCCAAGGAGUUGGUGCGUAACGACAGGAUGAAGAAGAAGAAGGAGGACAAGCGCCCCCUGGAGGUUGAGGUCUACGUUCUGUCUGCAGAAACAGAGCAGAUGAUCGAGGGAGUGAGACGAGCUCAUCAGGGAACCUUCCCCUCUCUGGAGCAGCUGGGGAAAUACACCACGAGCAACAGCUCAGAGCGACGCGUCUCUCUGGAUGUUUCCCUGUGGGAUAAGUUCAGCGAGCUCUCCACUAAAUGCAUCAUAAAGACGGUGGAGUUUGCCAAGCAGCUGCCGGGCUUCACCACGCUCUCCAUCGCUGACCAGAUCACGCUGCUGAAGGCCGCCUGCCUGGACAUCCUGAUUCUGAGGAUCUGCACCCGCUACACCCCCGAUAAAGACACCAUGACGUUCUCCGACGGGCUGACUCUGAACCGGACUCAGAUGCAUAACGCCGGCUUCGGCCCGCUCACAGACCUCGUGUUCACCUUCGCCAACCAGCUACUGCCGCUGGAGAUGGACGACGCCGAGACCGGGCUGCUGAGCGCCAUCUGCCUGCUCUGUGGAGUCUAUCGCUGGCUCUUCCAGGAUAACUUCACUGAGGCAGCGCAGUUCCAUGUGCGCCAAAAACCUCGUCUCCCAUAA